CCUGCCUCCAGCCUCUCAACUUCUCUCUCAGGUGGAACAACAAAACAAAACAUGGAAACAACCAAAAUCCAAUAGACAAAAGAAAUUCAAAAACACCGACAAGCGUCAAACUUUUUUUCCGCCAUAAUUUUAUGGUAUUUCCCCCCUGCUGAACUUCUUCCCCGCCUGUUCUUACAUUUCCUCCCCUGAUUCUGUUUUUUGGUUUCCCGCUGUCGCCAGGUUUGGCCGGUUGAACCCAGAAACAGAGCAUCCAUAAAAUGGCAUACAAAGUGGAUCAUGAGUACGAUUACCUCUUCAAGAUCGUCCUGAUCGGCGAUUCCGGCGUCGGCAAAUCCAACAUCCUCUCCAGAUUCACCCGCAACGAGUUCUGCCUCGAAUCCAAAUCCACCAUCGGCGUCGAAUUCGCCACCAGGACCCUCCAGGUAGAAGGGAAAACGGUGAAGGCGCAGAUAUGGGACACGGCGGGGCAAGAGAGGUACAGAGCAAUCACGAGCGCGUACUACAGAGGAGCCGUGGGUGCGCUGCUUGUCUACGACAUCACGAAGCGGCAGACCUUCGACAACGUGCAGCGGUGGCUGCGCGAGCUGCGCGACCACGCGGACUCGAACAUCGUGAUCAUGAUGGCCGGGAACAAGUCCGAUUUGAACCACCUGAGGGCGGUGUCGGCGGAGGACGCGCAGAUGCUGGCGGAGAAGGAAGGGCUCUCGUUCCUCGAGACGUCGGCGCUCGAGGCGUUCAACGUCGAGAGGGCGUUUCAGACGAUCUUGCUUGACAUUUAUCAGAUCAUCAGCAAGAAGGCGCUGGCCGCUCAGGAAGCGGCCAAUGCCUCUGGAGUGCCGCAGGGGAAGACCAUUAACGUCGCGAAUCUCAACAGUAACGGUAACAAGAAAACAUGCUGUUCCAAUUGAUCCGAGUUUUUUGGAUUUCGUUUCUCAUUUUUGCCCUGAAAUUCCUCUGUUCUUUUUUGUUUGAUUCAUUUUUGGUCUCUUCUUCUUGUUUGCGGUGGUCCGUAUUGACGGUAGAGCUGUUUAUUAGUUUGGGGAAUGAUCAAAGAGGGACAUGGGUAGACAAAGAUUGUUUUUUUGUGGUUUAUAUGGUUAGUAUAGGUGGAGGGUUAUAUAUAUUUGUAAGGAUUUUGUAUGAUCAUUGCUGUUUGUGCUUGUAAUCAUGCUAAUUUAUGUCCAAUUCACUACUUGAUUAAUGUUAAAUGUGAUGAUAAGGAAUUUUUCAAGUUAUUGUCUUGG